AUGGUCGUGUUGGCAACCCUUUGGGGUUUUGUUCCAUUUACCGAAAGUUGCCAUAUUCAACAGCCUAUUUUGGCGGCAUUAGCAGUACUGCUGAUAACUACUAGUUUAUUGAUCCCAUGUUGGCAUGCUAUGAUCAAUCGUGUAGAGCGCCACAUGAAUUUGAACACACUUGAUUUUCACUCCAAAUUGGUGUCUGAAAUUGACGAAAAAGCAAAGUUUUUACAUCCAAUAAAUUCAUCUGCAACAAAUUUAGCAAGAGUCUUAGCUUCUUCUCUCAAUGGAUCAGCAGAUCAUCAACUCUCAUUCUCCGAGAUUGAGACUAUGGUGGCUCCUGUGUUGUUUCAAGCAUUGUCUACAGUUACAUACUUAUCUCAAGUUUCGUAUAUUGGGUUAGAAGGCCUAUUUUUCUCCUACUACACUGAAAGGAGUCAAACUUUUGCCUUGUACUCAAACUCUUCAUUCUCUUUUGAUCCGAGUGAUCCAAAUGCAAGAAAGAAGCACAUCUCCUACAUUCAAUCUGUGAACAAUGAGACAGGAAAAUUAUAUGGAAAAGCUAUUGAAUCCCCUCCCAUGAGCAUGAUUAAUACAAGCUGGUUUCAAGCUGUCUUGAAUAGUACUACAUAUGGCUAUGCCUCAGUGGAAACUGGAUGGAACAAUGCUGGAGAUCUUCUUUUCCUUAACUCAGCUAGAAUCAAUGGAGGAGGAGUUAUCUCUCUAGGGUUUCCGGUCGAAGCAUUGACAGCCAUUUUUUCAGGCACGGAUCGUGAUCAAGAUGGGGGGAGCUUGUAUUUGGCUACCAAAGAUGGGAAAGUGCUAAUAGAUCAAGGGCUCCAAAAUACUCAUAUGGUUCUUGACAGCAAUGUGGUUUCUAUCCAGUUGAUGAAACCAAAUGGGGAUCAAAUAAGUGGUGUUGGAAAUGUUUCCUGUAACCUGAUAGAUGGCAAUCCAAGAGCUUCUGUUUUGAAUAUUCAGGAGAAAGAAUACACGCUUUAUUGUUUGCCACUUGACAUAGUGGGAGUGCAAUCGGUAUAUGUAUUGGGUUUCCCUCAAAAUGGAUUAGUCAGACUUGUCCACAAGAACAAGAAAUUGGCAUUGUUGCUCCUUAUACUAAUGAUCGCUACAAUGGUUGUUUCCAUCAUAAACUUUGUGCUUAUAAUCAUUAGAGCUGCAAAACGAGAAAUGCACUUGUGUGCUGCGCUCAUAAAACAGAUGGAAGCAACUCAACAGGCAGAGAGGAAAAGUAUGAAUAAGAGUCUUGCCUUUGCAAGUGCCAGCCACGAUGUUCGAGGUUCACUAGCUGUUCUUACUGGUUUGAUAGAGCUCUGCUUUGAUAAAGCUCCCCCUGCUUCAGAAUUGCAUUCAAAUUUUAGACUAAUGGAUACUUGUGCUAAGGACCUACUAGGUAUAUUGAAUUCUAUUCUUGAUAUGAGCAAAAUCGAAGCGGGCAAGAUGCAGCUUGAGGAAGAGGAAUUUGAUUUGGCCCAACUUCUGGAGGAUGUGGUUGACUUAUAUCAUCCUGUUGGUAUCAAAAAGGGAGUAGAUGUAGUGUUGGAUCCAUAUGAUGGUUCCAUAAUCAAAUUUUCACAAGUGAAAGGUGACAGGGGAAAACUUAAGCAGAUAUUAUGUAACUUACUAAGCAAUGCUGUUAAAUUUACUUCUGAGGGGCAUGUAACAGUUAGAGGUUGGGUUAGGAAACCCAGUCUGCAGAAUUCAAUAAUUGCUUCUAAGAAAAACUGUUUACCAUGCUUGUUUUACAAGAACAGUCAAGCAUAUAAUGACCUGGAAGCCAUGAAUGCAGCCCAACAAGAUCCAAAUGCUAUAGAUUUUGUAUUUGAGGUGGAUGACACAGGUAAAGGAAUUCCAAAAGAGAAGCAAAAAUCAGUCUUUGAAAACUAUGUUCAAGUCAAAGAAACAGCUCUUGGACAAGGAGGCACUGGCUUGGGGCUUGGCAUUGUUCAGUCUCUGGUACGUUUGAUGCAUGGAGAUAUAGGAAUUGUAGACAAAGAAAUUGGCGAGAAGGGCACUUGCUUUAGAUUCAAUGUUUUACUCAAUAUAUGUGAAAACAUCUCUUCUGAUGCUGCAAAAGCAGAGGCCCAUGAUAUUGAAGAAGGUUGCCCUUAUCAGAUGACUAUCAGCACUCCCAAUCCUGCUUUGUGUAUACGCACUCCAAGUCCCAAGUUGGCAACUCAUUGCCCCAGCCCUAAGCUGAAGGCAUCCCAUGUUGUUCUCUUUAUUGAGAAUAAUGAGAGAAGGAGGACUUCACAAAGAUUCAUGGAGAAAUUAGGCAUAAAAGUAUCAGUUGUCAAGGAAUGGGAAAAUCUUCUUUCUAUUCUCAGGAAGAUAAAAUAUAAGCACUCUACAGCAAAGUCAGAAUUGAGUUCUCCAAAUGAGUACUUAAGCAGGUCUCCUUCAAGCAACUCUGUCAGUGUAGAAAUGGAUAUGCCUUUGAGUACAAUGGAUGGAUCAGAUUCCAUACUAUCAGUCUUCAAAAGGACUACACCCAGAUGCACAUCAAGCUUCAUACUGAUUGUGAUUGAUGCCUGUGCUGGACCGUUCCCAGAAUUGUGCAAGACUAUGGCUGAGUUCAGAAAAGGCCUUCAAAAUACUUGUUGCAGGGUUGUGUGGUUGAAGAAACCAACAAUGUGUAGCAUCAGUUUCAAAUGUGUUGAAGAUGACAUGAUGGAUCCUAAUGAUGUUAUCAUGUCUAAACCAUUUCCUGGUUCCUGUUUGUAUGAAGUUGUAAGGCUUCUUCCUGAGUUUGGAGGCACAUUGCAGGGAAACAUGGGCAGACAGAAGAGAGAAAGUAUGCCAGAAGCUGCAAAAAUGCCUAGAGAUCUUCCCAGUUCAUCAGGAACUCGGCCUUAUGCAGAGAAUUCUCAAAUAGUCGAAAUACAAGACCAUAGUGGCAGCAGUACUGAGACUCCAGGGAAGAAAGUCUUUUCAGCCAUUCAAAAUCUAUCUCAUGUCAGUCCUCUUCCACCAAAAGAGCCAGAAAUACAAGGGUGUGGUAACCCGAGCAAUGAGAAGUUCUUGAGUGGGAAGAAGAUCCUGGUUGCAGAGGACAAUUCAGUGCUGCGCAAGGUGGCUGUCUCCAUUCUUGUAGGACUUGGUGCAACUGUUGAAUGCUCUGAAAAUGGGCAGGAAGCUUUACUGCUAGUCUGCAAUGGUCUAAGUGAUCAAAGGAAACAUGGAUCCUCUAAUAAUCUUCCAUACGAUUAUAUACUAAUGGACUGUGAGAUGCCUGUAAUGGAUGGGUGUGAGGCAACAAAGAAAAUAAGGGAAAUGGAGAAGGAUUAUGGUGUUCAUAUUCCAAUCAUUGCAUUAACUGGCCAUGAUGCAUCCAGUGCAGAAGCAAAGAGGACAAUUGAGGCAGGAAUGGAUGCUCAUUUGGUUAAACCGCUGAAAGGGGAACAUCUGUUGGAAGCCAUAAGAUGCAUAGAUAAUAAAGGACAACAUGUUUAAGCAGAUCUUAUAUCUCUUAUGCAUUCUUCAGUUGUAACUCUUGAUACUAGUUUCUUAACCUUAAAACACAUGUAUAGUUGGGGGCGCCACAUGUUCUCAAUUGCUGGUGUGGCACCUCCAACUUGCGUCAUGUAUUGUAUA